AUGGCAGGACUAGUCGCCAUCAAUGUUAUUGGAGUAGUUGGCGGACUACUCGGUAUCUUUCAAUUCGGCAAGGAUAAUUUCGCGGAUAAAGGUAAAGGACCAUCAUCAGUGCUCAGAGUGCAGUGGGACUUGACGUUAAAGGAGGACUCAGCAACGGUGGAGGAGAUCUUCCCGACGUUCGACUUUGGAAUGAAGCUGGAGAAUUUCUCGGAAUGCACGCUGAUCCAGGCAAGCUUAAGUCUGGAAUAACGUCCGACAUUACCAUUAAACACAAGGAUGGCAACGGACAACAGCCUACCUAUGCCUUGUUCUCCGCCAACAAUGGUGCCGUUUGCAUUGCAUACGUAUCAAUCACCUUUCCCGAUGAUAAUAAAUAUGCUUGGGUAGCCGAUUGGGCCCAAGAAUGCAAGUCAAGUGCCACAUGGUAUUACUCCAAUCUCUACGUAGAUGGUGGAAAACAUCAAGUAUGCCUUCUCAAUGGAAUCCAAAGCUUCUUUAUGCUAAUCAUUCAAACAGCCUCCAUGCCUUUGGAUUGACGGCAACGGUGACCAACCGCAAACCGGCUUCCAGCUCCACUGGCCAGAAUUCAAGUCGGAUUCCAACGGUCCACCACCAAAGAAUGAGCAAAAAGCAAAGAUCGACUAUCUUUGCAAUUCCGGCCCACCAUUCAAGUUGCACUACAGCCGCGAUCCAAGCAGUGUUAACUACUGGCUACCCAAGAGCAAGAGACAGGCUCAUACCCGUGAUUUCCCUUCCCCUAUCUCUACCACUCAAGCCUACUCCAAGAACGGAACAUUAGUUGCCCGCCCUCAAACUUCAGCACCAAAAUACAUUUUCACCGUCCCUUCCAAUACAGCUGCCAUCAAACCAAUCAAUGCAACACUACCAGCUCACAACCCUCACUUCAACAGACUCGUCAUGAGUGACAGCCAGAACCAUGCUGCCCGACGUCUCUUCGAGAGUAAGACUUCUGUUGGUCCUGAUUUCAUUAACGUGGCUGAGGGAAUUUUCUGCUGCAUGACCUCCAAGAAGACUUAUCCUAUUUGCGGACCUGGCAAUGAGGAUAGCUGCUUCAAUUUGGAAAUCAAGUCUUUGGUUUUUGGAGGGAAGGCUGCUAGGGAUACCCCUUAUACUGGAACGGUCGAUUGGACUUCUUCUACCUCCUUCAAGGCUUAG